CAAGCGGGGGAAAGGGGAGGGUGUCUCUCGAUUUCGAAUGCUGGCGCAAAAUACCCCAAUAUUUGUAGGAUAAUGACAAUUUAGCCACUAAUUAACAGAGCCACCACGUGGUAGUGAAAUACACCAGUGCGCGUUCAAGGUGGCCGUUGUCCCUCAUGAUUGCCCGAGACUGGACCGCCCGCACCCUCCAGUGUUGCAAAACAAAAGGAGAUUUCCGCUAUUCCUAUAAUGGAAAAUCAUCAACAGUGGAUGGCGUGGACCUACCUCAACUCAAAUCCAAAUGUCUCCCUGCACCUUCUUCUCGACAAUCUCUCACGCACGCGCCCAACCUUCAAGCUUUCAGCACCCUUAUGAUUGUGUUGACCAACCAAGUUCGGCUCCUAUUUAAAAUAUACUGAAGCCAACGGCCAUCGAUUCCAACAAUUCUACCGCCGCUGCCACUUGUGAAUCAUGGCUCGUCUGAACGAGUCAACAGCCUCGACUGAACCAAUUGAAAUUUUAAAAAGACGGUUCGUACGACAAAAUCGCGAAAUUGCUCGAGUAAACUCAAUCCAAUCACUCCGAAUUCGGAGCCUCGAGUCCGAAGUCUCCCACUUACUUUCUGAGAACGUGUCGCUGCGAGAGCAGAUCAUAGCUCUGACGCAGGAUUUGGAGCGGUUUGAGGCAGCAAAAACACUUCACGAUGGUGUUUAUGACGUAAAAGCUAGGCUAGACAGCAAACUAGUUGAGCUGAGCAGCCUGAUCACAGAAUUGGGUAGCCUGCCGCGUCGUUAUGCCAAAAAAACACGGGAUGAACCCGAACCGAUGGGGGGGGAAUUUCCAAGGGAUACAGGCUUUACUCAACCAGUUAGAGAUGUCAAUCUCGACCGAGCCUUGGAGCUUGAAGCAAAUGGGAAACUCCCCGUCAUACUGGAAGACAAGUAUUUCCCCAGGCGCACACUCGGUGCGCAAGAGUUACAAGAGGUGCCGAACAGCGACACGGAUAUUCCAAGUUGUUCUGGGUCGGAAAUUUCUGCCAAAUCCCCCAAACAAGAUAAUAAAAGUGAUGAUUUGCCAAUAAAAUCACCGAUAGGAUACACGAACACGAGCGCAAUGAUUGGGUAUGCAGAAAAUGAACGCCCAUUACCUCCCAACCUUGAAACAAGAAGAAAGAAAAGACCAAGUCCAAUUUCAGCCAAUGAAGUCCAUGGUGACACAAAUUCCACUUCUCUUCUCGAUUCAAGAUUCACUCGGAAAUGUGGAGCAAAACGCAAGUUCUCAGCCGAAGACGAAGAACCCUUUUUUGAAUCGGUUGCAAUUGAGGAUGAUGACUUUAAAUUCAAUCGGCCUGCCCAGUCACCAGUGAGGCUGUCUCCGCAAAAUAGUCAUUCUCCACCCAAAAAGAAGACUGGGCCAAAAGAGGCGGCUAAAAGCCAUGUACAACCUAAGCGGAAAGUGCUCGAACCAAAGAGCACGAAUAGAACCAUAUUUUCGCCUACAAAAUCAAGUACUACGAAGAUUCAGGACAAAUACCAAAACCCUACGAUGGUCGGGAGCAAUGAGAACUCGAUCCCAAAGCAAUCCAAAGAUGACCAGAGUCGCAACGAAUGUUCAUCCCCGAAGAAACCUAGUACACCCAUGACCGGCAACGAUACGGAGAUGGAUUAUGACAAACAGGAGGUGAAGAUCGAAGUGGGGAGGGGUACCAUACAAUUCCACAAUAUCCAGCAACCUGAAAUCCCCACAACUCCAGAUAUGCCUAAUACUCGGCCGUCAAGGCGACGCGGCGCAGUUGUUAGCUACGCCGAACCAAACCUACGAGACAAGAUGAGGAGAUCGACAAACGAACUUGGACCGGCUGUCAGUGGGGAUAGGUCGCGAAAAUCCAGUUCACACACAGACUCAAAUUGGGAACCGCAUGAACAGUCCGGUAAUAAAAGCAGCUCUUCAAAGAAGGCUUGGGGCUCCGAAAUUACAAACCAAGGGCAUGAUUUAGUUGGCGACAAACCGCCUGGCGAACAUUUGAAGCGAAAUCUGAAUGCUAGUCCGGAAAAGAAGCUCCAAUCCUCGACGCAACAUCAUGACGGCGGAAAGGAAGACGCGGAAGGUCAAGCUCAAGAGCAAUAUGUACCAGGCGAAAGAGAACUGGAGGACCAAUUCGGCAGCAUGCCACAUCGAGAGGAUAUUGUUCAAAACAAUCACUCGCUUUCUGUACACAGCAGAUCGGAUAUCUCUAUGGACGUGGACCAGGCAGCUUUAAUUACAACCCGAAAAUCCCGGCGACAUUCUUCAAACACCAAGUCUUCCGGACGAAACACCAUGCCGAGAUAUUGCACCAGUGUCAAGAAUGCAGAAAGCUUAUACAAUGAUUUGGCUACGACCUGUUCAGGUUCAGACAGCUCAAAUAGCGAGCUCUCCAUGUUUCCUACGAAGGUCGACACCUUCACCACUAGAGAUCCACAAGAGAACCCUAACACAUUGUCCUUGAUGGGUUCAACGGGGACAGGACGAGGCCAGCGAAUUGCUACUAGGCGGAGAAGCAUGGUGUUAUAAUAGCUUAUUAACUUUUGUGGUUGCAGUCUUGUUUGGACCCGCACCUUCGGGUCGAGAGAACUUCUUCUAGUUACUUUCAAUCUGAUUCCACUGUUCCAAUUUGGAGUGGAACAAGUCAAGCACCAACCCUACACUAUAUUAGUCCUAUGUGGUUCAUGGCGGCGCAUCUAAGCCCGCAACUCCAAGGCCCCGAUAGAGUUUAAGUACUUAUUUUCCCAUUUUCCAUGGGUUGGUUUCGCAUUGGUGGAUCCCCAGGUAGUAUAUUAGUCGACAUCGUAAACAUCAUCAUACUUGAUGUGUAUUCCAGUCAGGUUCUCUCCGUUGAGCAAUAAGAGGAAGGCUGUCUAAUA